GCAGGCGCGUCUCUGAAACUGCGGAUGUGAAAUUGGGCGGGAACGCAACAACCAUAGAGAGCGCCUCUCGAAACUCUCACACAAAUCAUUCAAUCGCUCGGAAUUCAGAAUGGGGAAAGACGAGGAGGAAAUGCGGGGAGAGAUAGAGGAGAGGUUGAUCAACGAGGAGUACAAGAUUUGGAAGAAGAACACGCCGUUUCUCUACGAUCUAGUCAUCACCCACGCCCUCGAGUGGCCGUCCCUCACCGUCGAAUGGCUGCCAGACCGCGAGGAGCCGCCUGGGAAGGACUACUCCGUUCAGAAGAUGAUUUUGGGUACCCAUACUUCCGAGAACGAACCAAAUUACCUGAUGCUCGCCCAGGUCCAGCUUCCGCUCCAGGACUCGGAGAACGAUGCGCGGCAUUACGACCAUGACCGGUCGGAUCUUGGGGGGUUUGGGUGCGCUAGUGGGAAGGUGCAGAUUAUUCAGCAGAUAAACCACGAUGGUGAGGUGAAUAGGGCUAGGUAUAUGCCGCAGAAUCCUUUCAUUAUAGCCACCAAGACCGUCAGUGCGGAAGUUUAUGUCUUUGACUACAGCAAGCACCCAUCUAAGCCUCCUUUGGACGGUGCGUGCACUCCGGAUUUGAGGUUAAGAGGGCACAGCACUGAGGGGUAUGGGCUCUCCUGGAGUAAGUUCAAGCAGGGCCAUUUGCUUAGUGGCUCUGACGAUGCUCAGAUUUGCCUCUGGGACAUCAAUGCGACCCCCAAGAACAAGGCUCUCGAUGCCACGCAAAUUUUCAAGGUUCACGAGGGGGUGGUAGAAGAUGUUGCUUGGCAUCUGAGACACGAGUAUUUGUUUGGUUCCGUUGGAGAUGACCAGUACUUGCUUGUAUGGGACCUGCGAACUCCAUCAGUCAGCAAGCCCGUGCAGUCUGUAGUUGCUCAUCAGAGUGAGGUUAAUUGCUUAGCUUUCAAUCCCUUCAAUGAGUGGGUUGUGGCUACAGGGUCUACCGAUAAGACUGUUAAGCUAUUUGAUCUUCGCAAAAUCAGUACUGCACUCCACACCUUUGAUAGUCACAAAGAGGAGGUCUUCCAAGUUGGUUGGAAUCCAAAGAAUGAAACUAUCUUAGCUUCUUGUUGUCUUGGUCGACGGCUCAUGGUGUGGGAUCUUAGCAGGAUUGAUGAAGAACAGACACCAGAGGAUGCUGAAGAUGGUCCACCAGAGUUGCUCUUCAUUCAUGGUGGUCACACAAGUAAAAUUUCAGAUUUUUCAUGGAACCCAUGUGAGGACUGGGUUAUUGCUAGUGUAGCUGAAGAUAACAUUCUUCAGAUAUGGCAGAUGGCAGAGAACAUUUACCAUGAUGAAGACGAUAUUCCUGGAGGAGAGGAAUCCACCAAAGCUUCUUAAUGUGUCUUCUAACUUUGCAAGAAGACAGAAAAGAUUGCCAGAUACAUUAGGGACCGUGUAGUUGUAUUUUUAAUUUGUUUCAUACUUCGUAGUUGGAAGUGGUUUACUUCUUUGUAUGUUAGGUGGUGUUUUGGUUUAUUAUGCUUGACAUUUCUUACAACAUAGGCCUUGUAUCUAACUUCCGAGUUGCAGAGCUCUAUUUGAUGACAAAAAAAUUUAAGGGGUAAGCUAUUCUGCCUUACAAGGAUGGAGCCGGUUUGGUUUAGUUAGAGCUUAUAUAAAAGGGCAUGAGCUUU